ACCAAUUGUCCACAGUGGCAAUGAUCAACCCAUAAGAUCACUUUAUUGACAAUAGUGCAUGGUUAUUCCCCAGUAACCCGUUAUGAAUGGAUACAAUGGCCUCCGCUAAAGAAACCCUCGCGCUGCUUGGGCUCAUUGGCCAGUUAGCCUGGCUGAAUAUGAUGAAGGGGAAGCCGAAAAUAAACUCACAGCUGCAAGACGUUUGUGGUGUUAAACUAUUCAUCAUUGAUUAGGUCCCGGCAUGGGGGACAUGAAGACCCCAGAUUUCGAUGACCUGUUGGCAGCGUUUGACAUUCCCGACAUUGAUGCUAAAGAGGCCAUCCAGUCUGCUCCUGAUGAGGCUGAGGGCCCACACGGGCCAGGCGGUGCUCCUCUGGGAAAGCCAGACGGUGGGGUUGGUGUAGGGCCGUCUCUGAGACCACCUAGCCCCCCAGACCCCCAAGCUGACACCCCUAUUGUCAGCGUUAUUGUAAAGAACCGUGUGCGACACGACACCAUCGACGGAGGGGAUGGGGACACAGACCAGGACACUAUGGACGGCAUUGCUGGGGUCGCUGUGGGUCCACGGCUUGGUGCCUGUACCCCAAGCAUGGCGGAAUCUGAACCACUCAACCACAAUGGGUUUGGGGUCUCUGGUGUGACCCCGCCCCUAACCCAGGCUCAUGCCCAAUCUAAUGGGGAGCCGUGGUCCGUGUGUAAACCCAAAACAGCUUCAGAGGGUGGAGGAUGCGGUGCUGGAUCAACUAAAUCUGCCAAGCAGGUUGGCAAUAUAUUCAACAGACUGAAGCCUCUCCUGGUGCAGGGGUCGGGAGACCCUGUAGGGAAGGCUAGAAAGAUGCAGCUUCUACAGCAGCAGCACUACCAGCAGCAGCAGCAUACACAGCAAGAGACGGGCCAAGGAGGAGGAGAUGAGGACAAAGCGUCGUUAUCCUCCUCUUCAUCUGUCGAGUCUGCUCCUCUUGUCCCAGCAGUGUCAGUUGGACUGUCCUCUCCUUUCUUCCCGCCUUCCAAGCCUCUGCUCCUGUCUCCGUCAUCAGCCCUCUCCUCACACCCGCUGCACUCAUCUCAGCCGUUUAACGGGGCACCUAAAGCCGGCCCGGCAUUAUUUAGUCCCCGAGACUCGGAGGAGGAUGAUUCCGAUCCGGACCUAGGGCCCCCGCUGCUGAUCCAGGAACCCCCUGACUCCCCCUGCCGCACCCCUCCCAAACUGGCACGUCGUUUUAGAUCCCCUGCUGCCAUCUCUGACUCCACCCAUCCCAUGGCCUCUUCGGCAGCUCACCCCAAACCAGGGGACACUCCCUCGGGCACUAGCGUGACCUCAACUCCCCAGUCAGGCUCCACCAAGAGUCCACCACAGGAAGACAAACACCCAGAGCAUGUUAUAGAAGAGCGGGACUCGCCUGAAAGUCCUGAGCCAGAGAUAUCCAAAUCGGCAGCACCAGUAACUGCCAAGAGGUGCUCCAGCCCUGCAGUAGCCUCCACACCACCCCCCUCAGACCUUCAGGAGCCUAAGGAGGAGGAGGAGGAGGAGGAGAUGGAGUUGGGGAAUGGAAUAGAGAAGGCUAUGGAUGGCAAGGCAGAUUUUGGAAAGGAAGAGGGUGCAAGAACAGGAGAGGAGAAAAUGGAGAUGGAUGAUGGCAAGUCUAAACCUCCAACCACCGAAGGUGGCACCUCAAUUCCAGGAGGGCCUGCGGCUCCUGCCAGGCCCCUCAAAGUGCGGAUAAAGACCAUCAAAACCUCCACUGGUGGAAUCACCAGAACUGUUACCAGGGUCGCACCCAAAGCAGGUGCUGCCGGAGCCAAGGGUUUGGACCCCAGCAAGGCUCAUCAAGGGGGGCGCAAGGCCCCAGCCAACAGGUCCCGGAAGCCUGACACUCCCUCUGGUCGUAUGGUAGCCUCCCAGCCGCAGAAAGUAAAGAGCCUCAACACACUACCUGUGUCUACACUAGCAGCCAGUAGCGCUAUGCUAGUUGCUGCAACCAAGGCUCAGAACAAGAUGGCUGCCUCAGACAAAGCCAUGGUAUCUGCCACUGCUGUUAGCUUCACUAAAUCUGCCGCCCUGCCUGCCGCUCCCUCUGUCUCCUCUCCUAAGUUCUCAGUAGCCACUGGUGGGCUGUGCGUACGUCCUGUCGGUGCUAAAACAGCUAACGGAGGCACCGCCAGCGUCCUAGCCGGCACUCACCAGCCAAACAAGCCUGCCUCCAUCGUGAACAGUACGGGUGCCGUCAUCUCCCGCAGUCAGUCUAGCCUGGUGGAGGCCUUCAACAAGAUCCUCAACAGCAAGAACCUGCUGCCCAGUUAUAAACCCGACCUUUCGGCUCUUCCGCCCCCAGAGUGGGGGCUUCCUCUGCCUGCCACGGGUUACCGCUGUCUGGAAUGUGGUGACGCCUUCGCUCUGGAGCGCAGCCUGGCCCGUCACUACGACAGGCGCUCGCUGCGCAUCGAAGUGACCUGCAAUCACUGUGCCAAACGGCUGGCCUUCUUUAACAAGUGCAGCUUGCUGCUCCACGCCAGGGAGCAUAAAGAACGUGGGCUGGUCAUGCAGUGCUCUCACCUCGUCAUGAGGCCCGUCAACAUGGAGCAGAUGAUUGGCCAGCAGGACACCACACCCAUCGGCAUGCUCUCCCCUUCUUCAAUCUCCUGUCCUCCCCCAGUCUCCUCCCCCACGUCCGGAGUCCCCGCCGUAUCGUCCAGCUCCAGCCCACUGAAGGACACACGGUCUCCCUCCGCCGCACAGCCGAGACCAGUCCGCCGCGCGCUCCAGAGCCCCCAGGCACUGAUGCCCCUCCCCUGCAAGAAGGGCGAGGUGCUGCAGUACCACAACUUCAAGUGUCCCGAGUGCCAGGCCCAGUUCUCUGGCAAGGCCGAGCUGGUCGCCCACUUCCAGCAGAUCAGAGCUACCCCCAACUCGACCUGUACCCUGUGUUCUCCUCCCAUGAUGCUGCCUAACUGGUGCAGUGUGUCGGCUCACCAGAGGAUUCAUAAGCACCGGGCACCCUACGUCUGUCCAGAGUGUGGGGGCAUCGCCCGGCAAGCCAGCUUCCAGACCCACCUGGAGGAGGCCUGUCUGCACUUCGCACGCCGCAUCGGAUACAGGUGCUCCAGUUGCCAGGUGGUCUUUGGGGGUCUGAACUCCAUCAAGUCCCACAUCCAGACGGCCCACUGCGAGGUGUUCCACAAGUGCCCCAGCUGCCCCAUGGCCUUCAAGUCUGCCCCUAGUGCACAGGGACACAUCAGCACCCAGCACCCUACCCUCACCGGGGGACAGGCCAAAAUGAUCUACAAGUGUGUGAUGUGCGAUACAGUUUUUACCCAGAAACCGUUACUGUACAUGCAUUUCGACACCCACCUGGCCAAGCAGAAAGUGCAUGUGUUCAAGUGUCCUGACUGCACCAAACUCUACGCGCAGAAAGGUUCCAUGAUGGAACACAUAAAGACUGCUCACAGAGGGCUGUCAGUCAAACAGGAGGGACAAUCCGAUGCCUCCGCCACUGCCACAGCCCCUACCAACCCCUCCCCCCCAUCCCCCCCCAAAUCUAAGCCCUCUGAAAAAACAGACAACUCAGAUGGAGAGGACUGGGGCCGAGACCAAGAAGAAGAGGAGGAAGGAGAGGAAGAGGGGGAUGAGGACUAUGAGAAACCUGAGAAUCAGUCUAGUUCUAUGGAGGCAGGCAGCCAUCGUGGGACCCCCUCAGAAUGGAGCUGCCAGCAAUGUCAGAAGAGCUUCACACAGAGCGACGACUACAUCUCUCACAUGAAAACAGAGCAUGGAAAGGCUAUGAAGAAGUUCCUGUGUCGUGUGUGCGAGAGCUCCUUCUGCACCUCUUCCAGCCUGCGGCGCCAUGUACGCGUCAUCCACGAGGGCAACAAGAGAGUCUUCCACUGCCAAUAUUGCACUGAGGGCAAGCGGACCUUCAGCAGUCGGCUCAUACUGGAGAAGCAUAUCCAGGUCCAUCAUCACGGGGUCAGAUCCACUGAUGGACAGGGCCCUCAGACCAGGAAGCGUUCAGCACCGGGCAAGGGGCCAGGCAGCUCGUCUGAAGCUGACGGGGAGGGGGGGCCACCAGGGGACGAGGAAGGGGGUGGCACGGACAGUGGAGAGGCCACAGAGGAGGGGGGCGAGGAGGGCUGCAGUCCCGUGAAGAGAACUCGCGCGUCAGCGCCUCCCGAGCCCGAAGAGGCCGACAACGUGUUCCACUGCGUGCCGUGCGGCUUCGCCACAGAGGACGCCGCCGAGUUCCAGCGCCACAUCCCGCAGCAUUGCGCCGAUGCCGCCUCCUUCCAGUGCCUGCAGUGUGGCGUGUGCUUCGCCUCGGCCGGCUCCCUGGGACGCCACCGUUUCAUCACCCACCGCGUGAGAGACCCCCAGGGGGAGUCCGAUCGCAGGCCGCCACGCACCCCUUCUUCCCCAGAUGGCUCACCACCCUCCCCCCUGGAAGGAGAGGACGGAAAGGGGAGUAUGAGCUGCAGGGUGUGCAGGCGGCUCUUCAACAGGGCCUCCGACCUUAACACCCACUUGAGGACCCAUGGCAUGGCCUUCAUCACCGCCCACAAGACGGACAAGCCCCAGUAGGUUGAAGCUGCCCCUAGCUGCUGAUCCUGGGUCAGUUUUGCAUUUCCCCCACUAAUGUUUAAGGUUAGGAUUGGGGAGAGGAAGCUGAUCCUAGAUCUGUAACUCUGGGAAACUUCACCCCAGAGCCGGACAAGCCCCAGUAUGGAGAGGGUUGAGGCCUCGGGGGUGACGGACAAGCCUGGGAGAUGAGGGGUUUUGACUUUGAAUCAUACUUGGGUAGCUGAAUUUGGAUGGAUAAAAGCAGACCCAGAUCUACUUCUGUGCUGUUUUGAGCCAACUGAGCUCUGUGUUUCUUUGUCACUAACUGUGCAGUAAAACUCGCAUGCUGAGCAUCAUACUGAGCAGUGGACUGGACACGCAUGGGGAUGAGAGUUCUGAGGGUCAAGACCACCUGAUCAUAGCAUUUACUUAAGCCAUAUGUGUCCAUCAACUUUUCGAUUACUUAUUAUUUUUCUGCCUUUAAUAUUAUUGUAUCUUUAUGUGAACCAUACUAUAUUUUCUACAUGCGUUUUCUUCAUUUGUCCAUGUCUUUCUUACUAAUUUCCUUAUCCGAGCCAUGUGUCUUGCAUUGCAUUGUCAAGCUCACAUCCACACACACACUGUACAAAGAAAGCACUCCUUUGGUUGGUCCUAGAUCAGUUUCUAUGGGUCAAUCUCUUUAGUGAGGGCUGGAUAAAACUGUU